AUGGCCCACCUUGGACCAGGCUUCCUCCAGCCCAUCCUCCUCACAUUCGAAGCGGUCAGCGACAGCUUUACCAUCCUCAGUAUCGCGCUCAACGUCUUCCUCACGACGCUCAUCGCGUUCCGUCUCACCUCUCAGCAGCGCAGACUGCAGUCCGUCCUCCCAGGGGACUUGAAAGUGUAUAGCAAUGCUGUUGCGAUUGUUGCUGAAUCCGCGCUUCCGCUGACGGUUUUUGCGUUGGGAUUUGCGGGGAGUGAGGUGGCGAGGUAUGUUGUUGGGGGGAGAGCGCCGGAUGGGAGUGAUGCUCCGCCGGAAGAGGUUGUGAAAUGGCUGAGAGAGUAUGUGAAGGUGAUGGAGUUGAACCGGGUGUUCUCUCUGUUGUACUAUUCUAUGGCCGCUCUGACUCCCCAGAUUAUCAUAUUUCGGAUUACGGUUGGAAGAUCGUGGAUGGGCCGGGACGAUCAUGAUGCGUCGAAACCACUGCACUUCUCACAGCCUCUGCGGUUUGACAACGGUCAACGCACGAACCAUGUGCGUGGCACUGAUAUUCUGGAUGAGGCGUAG